AUGUCUCCUUCUGAAACCCUAUCUCAUCAUUAUUCUCAUACAAAGAUGCCAUUGCAUAAAUCGUUAUUCAAAAAAAAGUCAUUAAGAGGCAAACAACCACAACCACAACAUAUUGAUGGAAUCAAUAAAUAUGCUUCACCAACAGAUCAUAUGUUGUCCCCAUGCUCAAAAAAUCUUGAAAAAUUCAAGUCAAAUAUAUUCAAAAUUCGCCAAUCUAAACCCAUAAAACUUAAUUUUAACGAUUCAAUGAAACAAUGA